GAUUUUACCUUUCAUAAAUUUGUGAUGUUCUUUUCUUAUAUGAUGGUAAAGGUUAUACAAACGCUUAUGUAUACUUGGUACGGUACCGUCAUUACCCACGAGAGCGAAAACUUCCGUGAAGGAAUAUAUUGCAGUAAUUGGCCUCAUGUCGCUGGCGAACGGAGCUUAAGGCCGCGAAUGAUUAUAAUGCUGAUGCAAAAACCGAUGAUGAUUAAAGCAUUAAAAUUAUGUACUUUGUCUGUAGAAAUGUUUGUCAAUGUGAUGAAUACGACCAUCUCUUAUUACUUUCUUUUACAAACUCUAAAUAAGAGAGGAUAAACAGCAUAGUCUUUCACUUUACUUUAUUAAUUAUAAUCUUAAUUAAGUUUUUCUUAUCAA